UCCUGCAGACAGUGCAGAGGAACUUGGGUGGACUCAUGAAAGAUCCACCACUCAAUAAUUUAAUGUCUCGAUGUCUUGUCUGGACUGUUCCUGCCUGAGACGGACACCUGUGAAAUCUAUAAGUCCGAGUAAAGAGUCGACUUGCAGCAUUUAUCCACACUGGGGAGACGAGCUGCCUCAGUGCUGGAUUCCUCCUGUUCCGGAAGGGCAUGAUGUACCAGUGUGCUCCUUUGAAGCCUCCAGCUAUGAGCUCCAAGAGGAACUCGGGAAAGGUUUUAACAAUUUAACUACAAUCUACCUCGCUCAACAUAUUCCUACGGGAGCAUCAGUCACAGUGCAGCUUACAGAUUUAGAUGACUGUUCCGAUGAACACAUCAAAUACUUACAGAAUGAAGUGGUUAUGUCUUCAUUUUUCCGGCAUCCUAACAUUUUGCUAUCAUGGAAAAUGUUUACUGUGGGGACCUGGCUUUGGGUUAUUAAUCCCUUCAUGGCAUAUGGGUCUGCUAGCAGCCUCAUGAAGACUUAUUAUCCUGAAGGAAUGAGUGAAGCUUUAAUAGGAAACAUUUUGUAUGGAACAUUAAAAGGAUUGCAUUAUCUGCACCAAAAUGGAUAUAUUCACAGGAGUGUGAAAGGCAGUCAUAUCCUGAUCUCAGAUGAUGGUCUUGUUUCUCUUUCUGGACUUGGUCACCUCUACAGUAUGGUCCGGAGUGGUGAAAAAACUAAGGUGGCAUAUGAUUUUCCUAGUUUUAGCACUGCAAUGCUUCCUUGGUUAAGUCCUGAGCUACUAAGACAGGACCUUUAUGGGUACAAUGUGAAGUCAGACAUCUACAGUGUUGGAAUCACUGCCUGUGAAUUAGCUACUGGGCGUGUUCCAUUCAUGGACAUGCACCGAACUCAGAUGCUGCUACAAAAAUUGAAAGGUCCACCUGAGAAUCCUCUGUAUGAAGGUAUUUUUCCUGGUGAGCAGUCCCCCAUGAAGAUCUCCCGCUCUGGGGUAGAUUCAGGAAUAGGAGAAAGUGUAGUUGCUGCAAGCAUGACUCAAACUAUGACGAGUGACAGACUGAGGACUCCGUCUCCAAGAACAUUCUCGUCUGCCUUGCAGAACUUAGUGGAGAUCUGCCUACAGCAGGAUCCUGAUAAAAGGCCAUCAGCUGGCAUGUUGCUCUCUCAUCCAUUUUUCAAACAGGUAAGAGAGCAGACGCAUGGCUCCGUACUAUCACCACUGCCGUCUCUGGCACAGCUGCACAAGCACAGUUCACCUAAGCCAUUUCUGAGAAGCUGGAACACAUCCUACAGUAAAGCACCAGAGGAAAAUAAAGAAUGGACAUUUCACUAACUGGGAUAUCCUUUUUGUU